AGAAAGAAUGAGACAAAAAGAACAAAUCUUGGAACCUUUUAGAUUUCAAGUAAGCACAACACAAGAUUCUUUUCUUCUUGGGUGCUUCCAAAGAGAGGUGCUAUGCACAAUAAUUGCAAAUUCCCUUCAAUUGACAUAGUUGAAUAAUUUCAACUAAAUGGGUCAAGAAUUUUUAUCCUUGUUUCAGCUGGAAACAAAGAGAUUGCUAUGGCUCAUUGGCAUUUCAUUUGCAGCGAUCUUAACAUUUCAGUACCUUGAGUUUCCAUACAGAACUGUUCUAUUCUCUGAUGACAAGACACCAACAGCAGGAAGUAGCACAUUCUUGGCUUCAGACGAAUUGGUUAACAAUGUGACAUUUUUCAAUCGAACAAACUGUACUGGAGACCAGUCCUUUGUGAUAGCUAAUAAAACUUUGAUAUCUCGUGAAAACGACACCUUUCCAAAAACUGGUUUUGUCUUGGAACCAGGAAGCACACCAAACAAAUCUUUAGGAUUUGAUGAGUCUGACCAAAAUUCGGUGGCGGAAAGUAUUAAGAGACCAGACAGUGUACCUGAAAUCCAGCUAAUAGGAGAUGUUAUACCUAGCAGUUUUAACAAUACUAUUGGUUUGAGUUUCUUUACAAACCAUUCUGAAGAAGACAACAUUUCAUCAAGAACUGAACAAAAUUCUGAAACUUCAUAUGACUCUUUGCCAAAUGUGAGCACAAAUAUUAUAGCCACGGUGUUAUCAAAUGAUUCCACUGUAUCUUUAUUUCAGAAAGACAACAUAAGUAACUCCAUAAAGGAAGAGGGUGUUAGGCCAUCACAAAAUGAUGCUAAGAUCAGUGUCCCAGCUGAGAAUAAAGAUUCUCAUACACCAAUUCCAGAAGUUACAACAGUAUCUGAAAUGAACAACUUAUUACUUCAAAGCCAUGCUUCAUAUCGAUCUAUGAGACCAAGGUGGUAUUCAGAUGUUGAUCAAGAGCUACUGCAGGCCAGAUCAGAGAUUGAAAAUGCACCAAUUGUAAAGAAUGAUCCAAAUCUUUAUGCUCCCAUUUAUCAAAACUUUUCCAUGUUCAAGAGGAGCUAUGAAUUAAUGGAAGAGACUCUCAAAGUGUAUGUGUACAGAGAAGGAGCUAGACCAAUAUUGCACUCACCAUUUCUCACAGGAAUUUAUGCUUCUGAGGGAUGGUUCAUGAAGCAAAUGGAAGCUAAUAAAAAAUUUGUAACUAGAGAUCCAAAUAAGGCACACUUGUUUUACUUACCUUUCAGUUCUCGAAUGCUAGAGGAAGCAUUGUAUGUACAGGGUUCACAUAGUCAUAAGAACCUGAUUCAGUAUCUGCAUAACUAUAUAGAUAUGAUUGCAGGUAAAUAUAACUUCUGGAACAGAACUGGAGGUGCUGACCAUUUUCUUGUUGGUUGCCAUGACUGGGCACCAGGAGAAACAAAGGUUGACAUGGCUAACUGCAUAAGGGCCCUUUGUAAUGCUGAUGUGAAAGAAGGAUUUUUUUUCGGAAAAGAUGCGUCUCUUCCGGAAACUUACGUCCGCAAUGCUCAAAUCCCCACUAGGGAUCUUGGUGGAAAUUCAGCUUCAAAGAGGAAAACACUAGCUUUUUUUGCAGGGAGCAUGCAUGGCUAUGUGAGGCCAAUUUUGCUGCAGCACUGGGAAAACAAAGACCCUGACAUGAAAAUCUUUGGGAAAAUGGCAAAGUCCAAGGGCAACAGGAACUAUAUCCAGUACAUGAAGAGCAGCAAGUAUUGCAUUUGUGCCAAAGGCUAUGAAGUGAACAGUCCAAGAGUGGUGGAAGCAAUUUUCUAUGAGUGUGUUCCUGUUAUAAUAUCUGACAACUUUGUGCCACCCUUUUUUGAGGUUUUGAAUUGGGAAUCCUUUGCGGUUAUUGUUUUGGAGAAGGAUAUUCCCAACUUGAAAAAUAUUCUACUUUCCAUCCCAGAAAAGACGUAUCUUAGGAAGCAGAUGAGGGUCAAAAAGGUUCAGCAGCAUUUCCUUUGGCACAAGAAUCCUGUCAAGUAUGAUAUAUUUCAUAUGAUACUUCAUUCUAUUUGGUACAAUAGAGUCUUCUCUGCACGUGCUAGGUAACUUGAAGAAAGGGUACGAGUAGAUUAGUAGAUUUUUCUUUUUCUUGGUUGCUAUGUAGAGAAUUUUUUCUUGCUAUGUGAAAUAUUGAUAAGGUCAUUUGUUGUGCAUAGCUUUGGAAGUUUGUUUAUAAAUACAACAUUUUGUAUAUUUUUCUUC